CGAGUCAGGUGCUUGGAAUUGGAGAGAGCGGGAGGCGCAGGUGGCGGAGUAGGCAAGUGUCGUGGCGUAAAUCAGUCGCCAAAAGAUACCGGGUGUCCCAGUUGCGGUGCCACGAACCAGACGUCGGAGCCGUUUGGCCGUGACUGAGUGGCAGAUCUUGAGCCCCAGUUUCACCGGUCCAAUGUCUGCCGAGCGCGACGUUGUGCAGGUCCCCGAUGACUUGGCGUUCGCCUCGUUCCGGGAGCAGUGUGAAUCGAUACAAGGAUGGCAACAGAAGUACAGCAAACCCGGUGUUGAAGUGUGGGUACAGGCCGCGUCCGAAGGAAAAGGCGUACACCGAAUCAAGUGUAGAACGGAACUUAAAGAUGUAUCUGCAGAGACGGUGUAUGAUGUACUACAUGAUAAUGAGUACCGUUACAAGUGGGAUAAGCAGGUCAUUAAGACUUUUGACAUUGCACGACUCACAGUGAAUGCAGAUAUUGGGUAUUAUUCAUGGAAAUGUCCAAGCCCCCUUAAAGAUAGAGAUGUGAUUACUUUAAGGUCAUGGCUUGUCAUAGACAAAAAUUAUAUGAUCAUCAACUACUCUGUGAAACAUCCUGAUUAUCCUCCUCAGAAAGAUCUUGUCAGAGCUGUGUCCAUUCUAACAGGUUAUCUAGUCCAGUCUACGGGUUCCAAAAGUUGUAAUCUUACAUAUAUGGCUGAAGCAGAUCCCAGAGGGUCUCUACCAAAGUGGGUCAUCAACAAAGCUUCACAGUAUCUGGCUCCCAAAGUUCUUAAGCGACUGCACAAAGUGUGUCUCAAGUACCCGGAAUGGAAAGGGAAGAACAGACCAGACUUCAAACCAUGGCUCUACCCAGAACAGAAUAGCCUUCCAACCAUGAGUCUUGAUGUACUCUCAAUCCAGCAUGCAGAUUCACUGGAAAAUAUAGAUGAAAGUGCCUUAUCUGAAGGGAAUGGUAGUGAUGAUGAAGUCUUAAAAGGCUGAAACCACAUUGCAUUAUUCCUUCAUAAUACUGUAAGCCCUUGGAGUUUGCAGGAGGGAAUGUUCAUAAUUGGCCCUUAGAAUUUGGGUGGCAAAUUCUUAACAAUGGGUUAAUUUUGUGAUUUGGGAGGUAGAUAUUAUUGAAUCAAGGUUACUUAUACAAAGCAUCUGACAUUCAUACAAUAAAUUAGAUCUUUGCACUUGCUGUAGUUAAAUUUGUGAUUGAGCAAUUGAAAAUAAUCAGUCACAAUAGAUUUCCAGUACAUCUGAAUAGGCCUCACAGUUAGAAAUACCUGAAUUAGUGAUGAAGAUGACAUGAAAAUUUAUCCUUCAAUGAAAAUGAAGAAUCUUUGAACUGCAGGCAUGGUGGGUCUCUGGUUGGGUGGCAUGGGAGGAGGGGCAGGUGUAACAAUAUUUAUGAAGAGCAUGUGAUGUUUCUUUUUCUGCUUUGAUCUUAAUUUUUUUUUGAAAAUAGUUAUUUUAAUAUACAGCAUCCUCCUUCCAAGCAAUGGUUCUGAUCACGAUGUGAUAAAUUUGUGAUGCAGAAAUGAGAAUUACAUCCAGCAAAGUCUCUUUUCUGCUGAAUCACUGGUGAUAAUGAUGCACUGUAUUUUGAACUGCUUUCCAAUGAAAGGGGUGAGAAAGUAAUCCCAGAACUUGAGUUUUCAAAAUUAUCUUAGUUUCGUAAAUGUGACGAUACCUUUGUACAAGGUUUAGAAACUUGUGUUCUGAUGUUGAAGGUGUUGGUUGGGUGUUGCAGGUCUGCAUCUUCUUAGUGAAGCAAGUCUUCUAAGGUAUUGGGCACAAUGGUUCACUACUUCAGUUACUUCCUACCUUCUAGAAUUUAAACUUUACCACUUGAUUCCCAUUUUAAAUACUGGCUGCACUAUUUCUUAAAAAUGCUACAAACAGGCAAUUUUGUAAAUGAAGGGAGAUUGAAAUUGGCAGUGGGAAUUGGGGCUGAAAUUGAAAGUUCCCAUUUAAGUAUGAGGUAUGGAAAUAGAACUGAGCUUAAGUAUGAGAUUAAGGGAUACCAGCUGACGAGGUAAGUAGGAACUUCCUUAUCUUUUCAUGUUAUUGUCUUUGACAGAGUUACGCUUGUUUAAUUGGGGUUUGGUAGAUUUUGUACAUUACACAUGGUGAGACUUUGUGUGGGGAGCAAAUGUUUUAAAAAAGGGAGGAGGAAUUUUGAGUUUGUAAAGGGGUAGAUGGACCAAAAUACUUAACAUAGUUUCAUUAGUAAAUAUUGCUUGGACUUCUGGGGGGGGGGGGGGGGAGUGAAAAAUUAUGCUGACAAUGUUCAUUUUCAUUUUUUAACAAAUUGAAAAGUUGCCAUGAAUUAGUAUCCUCCACGCACUAUCGGAGAGCAGGGCUCUGUCAACACGACCUCUGACACAUGGCAUGGAAUUGAAUGUGGGACUGAUAUGUUAAUACGGCCUGCAGCAUUCUUGUCUGAUCUUCAGAAUUACAAUUUAAAAGCAUCUUUAAAUUCAGAAGACUAUUAAGCCAAUGUGCUUGUAUUUAAUUAACUACUGAUUUGUGAAAUAGACUUUUUAACAGCAGCAAACUUAAAAAUUAUACUUAUAAAGCAUAAUCAAGAAAAUAAGGCAGAAUCUUCGUUUUCUUCCUAUAAUCUCAAAGAAAUUUUCGGCAUUUAAUCAUGAAGAAUGUAAAUAUCCAGGUGCCCUUUGAGUACUGGUGUUAGGUAUAUAGUUGGUGAAGGAAAAAAUGGAAGUGCUAUUUUGAGAUCAAAAUCAUAGAAUUACAGUUGGAAUAUUUUUAAUAUUUUGUUAUGUGAGCUUGUAUUUUUGUAACAAUUCUGGAUUCUCAAUCUGAGUAAAUGUAUGCAAAGUUAAGCUUUCCACUAAUAACAGAUAACAAUAUUUAAUUAACCUUUUUAAUGUUUUCUACUACUUAUUGGGAAUUUGUCUUUUCUAUUUAAUUGGAAUGAUUAUAGAGAGGCCCCCUUCACAGAAAUGAUUUCCCUGCUCAAUUCAGUAACACUUAAAUGUUAGGGGAUACUUAAGAUGAGCCACCGCAUUUGAGGCACUGCACAUCAAGUAUCAACGUGCUACUGCUUUUUAGCAUUUGUUUCAUCUGAGGUCUCUACAUGUUAGAAGAAAGGCUUUAAAAUAUUCUAUUUUUUGUGUAAAGAUGCUGAUGUUUUUGUAAUGAAGUUCAUUAAAUUUAACACCUUGCUAAGGUUGGCAUUUUAAAAUAGUGCUGUCGAUCAGGUGAAUCAUGAUUUUGUUCUACUGUUGUCAGCUAUAUGACUGAUUUGUAUAUGAAGCAUAAACCAACAUAAUUUAAAGGUUUACGAAAGGCCUUGUGAUAUUUACCUGAAAUUGAUAACACCAAGUAAUUGGUGUUGUUUCACCCACUCUGGAAGUAAAACAGCUAGAAUAUUUUUUUAAUGGUGCUAGUAGGUUUUUAAUCAUUAUAAACAACCUUAAAAUGACAUUUGACCAUUGGGCAUUGUUGAAAUCUUAGUAAUAUUAAUUUGUUAUCAUUAAGUUCUUUCACUUUGUUUUAACAUUGCUGAUAAUUUUCCUUUGGGUUUUCAAGUCAAUGUUAAAUGUAUUGCUAGGGGAAGAAGAUGGAAGGCUGGGCUUGUUUUGUUGCAUUGAGUCUUUCAUCAACUGUUAGAAAGCUUUAAAAUUCUCUUCUGUACUUUAGAUUCACUAAUGCACUUUUCCUCCAACUUGUGUCACAAAAACAAAAUGCUGCAUGACUUCAGCAGUGUUCCAUUGCAACAGAUUUGGAGUUUUCUCCUAAAGCAUUUUACAGAAAGAGUUAAAUAGUCCAUUCAGUGCAACUGCGGACCAUCUCGUUAACUUCUAAUGGACUAUUUUGUAAAACUGAAGUUUUUCUUUGAGGAGGUAGAAUCUGCAACCUUCCAAUUAGUAGGAUUCAAAUGUUGAUUCUGUAUUUCAUUUGAAACAUUUUUAAAUCUGUAAUAUUCUCUGUUCCGGCUACUACAAUAAGAGAAUCUGUCACAUACAUGUAUUUUAUUUCUGCUUUAAUACCUCGCUUAAAAUAUAUUGUGCCAAAAAAUAUUGCGAAAUUGUAUUGUCUACUGUUCCAUUGUUUGUGUGUUUUUGUGCUGCCAUCUAAGUCAACCUUGUUGUAUUUAGGAUAUAAGAUGGACAAUUAGAAAUGGUAACACCACCAACAUGUAACAGUGAAACUGGACUCUCCACCUUCUUCCUCAAGAAAGGGCUAUUGGAAGAGAAAAUAUCAAAUAUUUUCCAUUUAAACAACUUUGGGUAAAUUUAGGGAACAAUUUUCAUACACUAUAACCCUUUUCUAUCAGCAAUGGGAUGGUGUGGAAUUGUUCAGUUCAUAUAUUGAUAAAUUCCCUUGCACUAGUAUUUAUCUUCCUAUGUAUUAAUGAUUUUAAGGUAUACCAUUUCUUACCAACCCACCUUGCAAGAGAAAUCUCAUAAGAUGAAGAACCUAAGCAAAGCAGAAUUGUGCAUUUUGCUGCUAGCUUCACAGCAUUAAUGAAGAAUAUUACUGGUAAAUAUGUUUUGUAUGAAUGUUGUAGAUGCUCAUGUUUAUUUGGAUAUUGAACUGUAAGGGUAAAGUUUAUUUUAGUUCAACCAUGAUUAUCAUUAUUUUGCCAAACUAUAUUUUGUGUGAAGGUUAUCUUUUAACAUCAGAAACCUGAAUAUGAGCAAAAGGACCCUCAUAAUUAGAUUUUUAAGUCAUUAAUUUCAAGUGGUGUAAGCUUGCCAAAGUGAUUUUUGCACAUUAUACUUUGUCAUACAAGCUAUUACCUGGGUUACAUUAAUAAAUGUAUGUUUAAAAUA